AGGCGAGCCGAGCCGAGCCGAGCCGGGCCGGGCCGGGCGGGGCCUCCUCCCGCCACGUGACCCGCUGACUGCAGCCAGCCACGCCGCGGCCCCCCCGCGCUGCGCUCCGAGCCCGCCGGAGCAGCCUGUGCGCGAUCCCCGGGAGCCGCCGGCGCUGCGCCAUGAUAAAGCGCUUCCUGAAAGAAGACUCGGAGGAGGCAGAGUUGGCCCAGUUCCUGAAGGAGUUCCCUUCAGGCGAGAGCUUUAGGAAAGUGGAACCGGAGGAGGACAAGAGGGCCCAUGGCCAGGGUCCCAUAGAUCCCGGCAUGUUCUCCAGUGUAGCCUGGCCCAUUGCCGAUGAGCUGCUAGACGAGAAGGAACUGAGGCCCUUCUCCCGGCCUCAGCCCCCAGACUUUCAGCAAUACAUUGCAGCUCCAGCACCCCUGAGCCCCUCGCGGCCUAGAAGCCCAUGGGGCAAGCUUGAUCCAUACGACUCUUCUGAGGAUGAUAAGGAGUACGUGGGGUUUGCGACGCUCCCCAAUCAGGUCCAUCGGAAAUCGGUGAAGAAGGGGUUUGACUUCACGCUGAUGGUGGCAGGAGAGUCUGGCCUGGGGAAAUCCACCCUGGUGAACAGCCUCUUCCUCACUGACAUGUACAGGGAUCGCAAACUCCUCAGUGCAGAAGAGCGCAUUACUCAGACAGUGGAGAUCACUAAACACGUGGUGGACAUUGAGGAGAAGGGGGUCAAACUGCGCCUGACCAUUGUGGACACCCCAGGAUUCGGCGACGCUGUGAACAACAUGGAAUGCUGGAAACCUGUGGCUGAUUACAUAGAUCAGCAAUUUGAGCAAUAUUUCCGGGAUGAGAGCGGCCUGAACCGGAAGAACAUCCAGGACAACCGCGUGCACUGCUGCCUCUACUUCAUCUCACCCUUUGGACAUGGCCUUCGUCCCCUGGAUGUGGAAUUCAUGAGAGCUCUCCAUCAGCGGGUGAACAUUGUGCCCAUCCUGGCAAAAGCUGACACCCUGACACCCUCAGAGGUGGAGCGCAAGAAAAGCAAGAUUAGAGAGGAAAUCGAACAUUAUGGGAUCCGGAUCUACCAGUUCCCUGAGUGCGACUCUGAUGAAGAUGAGGAUUUCAAGCUGCAGGACCAGGCACUGAAGGAGAGUAUUCCUUUCGCUGUGAUCGGCAGCAACAUGGUUGUGGAGGCCAAAGGAAGGCGAAUCCGUGGGCGACUGUAUCCCUGGGGCAUCGUGGAAGUAGAGAACCCUGCGCACUGUGACUUUGUGAAACUGCGUACCAUGCUGGUGAAGACCCACAUGCAGGACCUUAAGGACGUGACACGAGAGACCCACUAUGAGAACUACCGGGCGCAGUGCAUCCAGAGCAUGACCCGCAUGGUGGUGAAGGAGAGGAACCGCAACAAACUGACGCGGGAAAGCGGGACAGAUUUCCCCAUCCCAGCUAUCCCAGCAGUGCCGGACUCUGAGACAGAGAAACUCAUUCGGGAGAAGGACGAAGAGUUGCGGCGGAUGCAGGAGAUGCUGCAGAAGAUCCAGAGACAGAUGAAGGACUCCCACUAGCCACCACAUUCCCCUCCAGCUCCCGCCCCACUUAGACCAGAAGUGUUUACAUCAAACCCCAGCCAUCAAAGCCAGCUAUGCUACUCAAUACCAACAACGCACCUAACACCUUCAGCUGAUGCAAUAUGCCUUAUGGUGGACCCUCACUGCGCUUUCCUCAGCGACCUACAGGAAAUAAAGGCUGACCCGCACCAGAGCUUCUACAGCCACCCUCCCCAUGCCUACCCUGGCUUGGACUCAGCUGGCUUCCUUGGCAAGGCUCCUGCAAACCCAGCCUUGCCCAGCUGCGGCUGCAGGCAGUGCUUCCCUGUGGUCUGACUGAGUCAGGCCCAGCCACUGGGCUGCUUCCCUCAUGUUGAAUGUGUGCAGAGCUGCAUGUCUGUCUGCAGAGUCCCUCCUCCCCCCUCUCUCCCCCCCCCCAGUGCUGAGUUUCACAUAUUUUCCCCUCAAGGCUCCUGCACAGUUGGGCCCCAGAGCAGGCCUCGUGCUGCAGGUGCAGGUCUGGGACGUGGCUGAUUGGUGCAGCGCAGUGGCCAUGGCCGUGUGCCCAGACUGCUCCCCAGCAGUGUGAGGAGCCAGUGAAGUCAGCAUUUUGCAGUGAUUCCAGAGCAAAACCCUCAGUCCCCAAGGCAGCCUGUGACCUGGCAGCUCAUGCUGCAGGGAGCUCUGCUCUGCUCCCACCAAAGCAUGAGCUGCUCCCCCAGUGCCCUGCCCAGGCAGAGCGGAUGUAUGGGAUGUCGACACAGCAAGUGAAGGGGGGAUUGUAGCAGACAUUGCAUGCCCCUGUUAGCGUCAGUCUAGCUAGCGUGGGUAACGACAGCAGCACAGGCUUCAACAUGGGCUAGCCUCCCAAGUAAAACUCUCCAGGAUGCUGGGUCCAUACUCCAGUUAGCUUCACUACUUGCAGCCCGCCCUCGCUAUAUUAAAACUAGUGCGGGUCUGUGUCCCCAAGCCACAGUCACACACCACUUGCUGGGCACCUGUAGCCUCUGUGAGCCCCCUCCCUCCCAGCCACCAGCUGAGAGCCACCCUCAGGGACCUACCCAGGUCUUGGGACUGGUGGACCACAUUCUAUUCUCUCCUACAUGUGCUACACUGGUGAGGCCAGUGGGCUCCAUACGUGGCACUCAGAGAAGAGUGUGGCCUAAUGGCACCGGUGGGAGAGGAGCAGAGACGAUAGAAACAGUCCUAGUGCCACAGAACCCAUGUCCCAUGGUGGUAAAUAUGCUCAGGAAUAUGCUUCUUCGAGGGAUUGGAUAUCAGGAUCCUCCAGUGCCCCCGUCUGCUCUGCUAAUCCUGAUGUGGCCAGGCAGCAUCUCCCACACCAGGCACUCCCCCAGCAGGGCAGUGAGAGACGGACAGGAACACCUGGCCUAGCAAUGGGAGCGGUGCUGUGUGUGAAAGCACAGGGCUGGUGCUGCAGUGCUCACACAUGCACACACACACUGCAGGGCCCUAGCCUGGCACAGGUGCCUACGCACUCAUACAGCAGGCACCAGGUCUCCUCCAGGCACGUUCACACAGACACUGCAGGGCCCCUCCUCUCUCCUGUGAGCUGGGUGAUCGGGGCAUGAAGGCAGCAUUUCAUUGUGAGUUGUACAUGGCAGUGCACAAGGAGAUCCCUGACGCUAGGCCCUCCCAGAAAUCCCCUGGCCAGGAAAGUUGCCAUUCUGUGCCCUGUUUCAGCCAGUGUCCUUGCCUCGUUGGGAGAGUCUCAAUGAACCUCCAUUGGCCAUGCUGGAGACUAAGGCCCCAUUUCCAGUCUCCCAUCCCGCAGUGUGCUGCACACCAGUCCAGGGACACAGCAGCUGACAGCUCCGUGUAACCCCCCUUGCUGAUCACGGACUCCACCUUGCAAGGAGCGUGACUGUAGCAAAUUGGUGGAUGAGGUCAAAGACUCACAAUGUCCAGAGUGGAUUUCCCAACAUCACUGCAAAGAACAGGAACCAAGACCUGGGUGAGCUCACCCUCCCAGCCAGCUCUGGCAACAAGGUGGGGCCUGGAGACUAGCCAAACCAUUUCAAGGACAGAAGCAGCUUUCUUCUAUCUACACCCAGACCUCCACUCCCAGUGUCUUCUGCAUUGUCUCGCAAAGUCUCCUACUAAAUAUCACUCACAAACACAAUGGAAAACCUCUUUGUUUGCCUCAAUCCAGAUUAAAGACUUGCUCAAUGGUCCUCAUGGAGCUUCUUCCCUCUACAACUGACUUCUCUGGUUGUGCCCGGAGAGCAUUCCUCAUUCAGACAGUUGGUAUUUCUAUCCUUCUGGGACACCAUAGAUGGAGAAACCAAUUUGAAUAAAAUAGACUUACUUGAACCUUUGCCCAAAACUUGAACAAAACCUUUCCAGGGCUUCCCACGCUUGCUAGGCUGCCUGCAUUCUGCCCCAAAACAGAGGUGUUGAAGAAUGGAGAGGAGCAUUGUCCUGACAGCAUCUCCAGCCCAGCAAAGCAAAGAAGACCAGAAAUCUCCUGAAGAAGCUGGUUCUUGUGAGUCAUCCAGCCCAACUUUGCAGACUCACUAGGUUCAAGAUAGUUUGGAUAAAUUCUGAGAAGCUUCCACCCUUUGGGGUGUGUCACUUUGGGGCACAGUCCAGUUCCUUGAGGUGUUCCCAUCACUUUCUCUGAAUCCUGCCUCUGUCAGAUGGUGACCAAUACCAUGUGGAGAAAGGAUGGGUGAUUCUUGUGGGUGUCCCAGUGUCACGUCAAUCUCCAUGCACAGGCCCUGCACCAGCUGCUGUCUCUGGUUCAGCAUCUCUUUAGCAAAGAGUUCGGGGUCCUCCCUUGGGAGGAGCCUACUUAGAAUCAUAGAAUCAUAGAAGAUUAGGGUUGGAAGAGACCUCAGGAGGUCAUCUAGUCCAAUCCCCUGCUCAGAGUAGGACCAACCCCACUAAAUCAUCCCAGCCAGGGCUUUGUCAAGCCAGGCCUUAAAAACCUCUAAGGAGGGAGGUUCCACCACCUCCCUAGGUAACCCAUUCCAGUGCUUCACCAUCCUCCUAGUGAAAUUGUUUUUCCCAAUAUCCAGCCUAGACCUCCCCCUCUGCAACUUGAGACCAUUGCUCCUUGUUCUGUCAUCUGCCACCACUGAGAACAGCCAAGCUCCAUCCUCUUUGGAACCCCCUUCAGGUGAAGGCUGCUAUCAAAUCCCCCCUCACUCUUCUCUUCUGCAGACUAAACAAACUCAGUUCCCUCAGCCUCCCCUCAUAAGUCAUGUGCCCCAGCCCCCUAAUCAUUUUCGUUGCCCUCCGCUGGACUGUCUCCAAUUUGUCCACAUCCCUUCUGUAGUGGGGGGCCCAAAACUGGAUGCAAUCCUCCAGAUGUGGCCUCACCAGUGUCAAGUAGAGGGGAAUUCUUCAGCUUCUUGUGUCUGGUGCUCAGGUACUAGGACAAUCGGCUCUUUUGAAAUGCCAGUGUAUUAAUUAGCUCUUACCCCAUAGGGGUACCCCAUUUCGUUGUCUGAAAUUUAAAGCUCCAUCAAAAAUGUCCAUUGAAACAAAUGUUUAGCGACCAAUGGGGAAGGCUUUCCUGAACUUGUUCUCAAGUGUUGUGUGAUUUCUGAGCAGCUUGGCUCAGACCGGCGAUCCCUUCCCACUAGCCAUUUUCAGCAACAAAGUUCCACCCGAGUGAGCAUAAGUCCUAAGCAGCAUCCUGCAAUAGCAAUUCCCACACUGCCCACAGUGUCGUUACCCCAGUGAGAGUGCCCAGCUGGAGGCAGUCCUGGGUUUGAACAAUCAGACUCCAGGUGGCAAGAGUCCCUUUCUGGUUUUGUAACCACUGAGGUCAUCGCAUCUGCCACAGCACAGCUGACCUCACUUAGCUCCUCCCUCUCAGCAGAGGAGCCGAGGAACAUAGAAAAUGCAGAUGCACCAACCAGAGGCUGUGCAGUGCAAGCCCAUUCCUUCCCCAUACAGACCAGCUGAGAGCUCUGAAUAACAUUCUGCAGAGUCCGGCUGCUCUAGAAGUCACCUCCAUGCUAUGUCUCCUACAAGGGACAUUUGCAUGAAAGCAGGAUCAUUGGUGUUUAUUCCCCAGAAGUUGUCAGAACCCUCUGUGACAUCUUGAUAAUCUCCAUAGCAACCACUGUGAUGUCACACACAGAAGAAUCUGGGGAACAAAAAGCAGCCCAUGGAUGCCUAAGCACCAGUGGUCCUGUUUGUAUGUAAAGAUCCUAAUAAAUGAGGGCAACAACCUUGUCUCCAAAGUGACGGCUGCACGUCUGCUUCUUAGUAGGUUGCCAGACCAAGCUGAGGUUCUCUGAAGGCAUCAUUCAUGGGAAGUCAGGGCAGUUUCCUAGGCCUAACUGGGCUUCAUUUCCCUUAGUGCCACUAUUAGGAAAGUAGCUGAGUUCAGCUGGGAAGUUGGAGUAGGUGGCCUGCUUUCCACAAACAGCCAUGUCCUUGCUCCCGGUCUUGGUGCCACUGAAGCUUGCAGCCCGCGUGCUAGGCUUCCUGCCACUGGUGUGUGUAUUUGUGCAGAUAAGCUCACCGCCCACCCAGAUCCCAUUCCUCCCAUGAUGGGUGGUCAGAAUCCGAGCUCAGGUCUGAGUGCUGGGCUUCCUCCAUCUCUUCUGCCUUUUGCACAGUUUGCUUUUCACUCAGUGAUGUGUAUUUGUCUCCAAAUUCUGGCUGCUUUUGCACAUUCUGGUUCAACAUCAUUUUCCACUCCCCCAUUGCAGGCUACAUGCAAAGCUGUGGGUACUUGCCAGUCAGCCUCCUGGCCACAGCACUUCUGAGAUGUGACUGACGCAGUGUCUCUCCAGGAGUGCUGGACAGAGUUGCAAUAGGAGGAAAGGAAGCUGUCUCCCUGCUGCCCUUCAGUGUAGUCAGUAUGGGUCAAAGCAAUUUUUUCUAGGACAUGUCCUGUGCUGGGCGGUGGGGAAAGGUCUGUAGGUCAUUCCACACUCUGAGGGGACACAUCUGGCUAGUCUGCUAGAAGCAGGGCAUUGUGGAAAAACUGUACCACGUCAUGAGUGAUUUGCAUUCCU